GCAGUAUUCACGGAAAAGCUUGAAAUCAUGGAUCCAAACGAAUUACCAGCUAUUCCUAUCUAUCGAGUUACCAAUACGCUUGGGAAUAUUAUCGACGAGUCUCAGGAUCCAAAAUUUGACAAAGAAACUUCUCUGAAAAUGUAUCAUGAUAUGACGCAGCUUAACGUUAUGGAUCGCAUUUUGUACGACUCGCAGCGUCAAGGACGUAUCUCAUUUUACAUGACUAACUUCGGUGAAGAGGGAACACAUAUUGGCUCUGCUGCAGCAGUUCUGGACAGUGAUCUGGUUUAUGGACAGUAUCGUGAAGUUGGCGUAUUGAUGUGGAGGAAUUUCCCUCUGGAAAACAUCAUGAAUCAGUGUUACGGCAAUUGGAAAGAUAAAGGGAAAGGGCGGCAAAUGCCACUGCAUUACGGCUCAGUUCAGCAUAACUUUGCUGUCGGGUCUGCAUAUGCAUUCAAACAGAUACCUAACAAUGGCCGCAUUGUCGUUGUUUAUUUUGGUGAUGGAGCGGCAUCAGAAGGUGAUGCACAUGCUGCUUUCAAUUUCGCAGGAACUUUGAAGUGCCCUAUCAUCUUUUUCUGUCGAAACAAUGGUUAUGCUAUCAGUACACCUACUUCGGAGCAGUAUGGCGGCGACGGUAUUGCAGGGAAAGGAGCUGGCUAUGGAUUGCAUACGAUCCGUGUUGAUGGAAAUGAUGUGUUUGCCGUCUACAAUGCUACAAAAGCUGCUCGGAAGCUUGCAGUCGAAAAUAAGCCAGUUCUUAUUGAGGCUAUGACUUAUAGACUAGGUCACCACUCCACCAGUGACGACUCGUCUUUCUACCGGUAUGUUUUACAUGACAGUUUCUGA